AUGCCGUACUACGGCCAUUCCCGUCCGUCUGCAGACUAUUUCAACAGCAAUAUGAUGAUUCAAAACUUUGUCGUUGCGGACAUAACCCACGGAAUCAACAACGUUCAUUUCUAUGAUGAACGUGGCCAAGACAAAAAUGCAGAUGCAUUAUGCAGUCUCCGUCUUUUGUACCAUUUAAAAACUAUUAAACGCAAUGCAUGCAAUGGAGUUCCUGCAGCUGAAGUGAGUUUCAGUUUGCUGGACAACUGCGUUGGUCAAAACAAAUCCAAAGUAAAGGUAGUAUUGUGCUUCCUACUACCUGGUCACUCGCACAACAUAGCCGAUCGGGUCAUAGCUUGGUGA